CCAGGCCCCGUCCGCCCCACGGCGGCCUCGGCCAUCGCCUCUCCGCGGACAAGGCUGUGCGCGCCCCCAGCCCCCGCGCGCGGCCGCCUCGGGGGUAUCCUGCGCUCGCGGGGAACCCGCCCUGGCGGCUCGUGCUCGCGGGGAGGCCCCUGAGGCUGCAAAUUGGCUUAUUUCUCUGGGUCUUGAAGCACGAGAUCUAGUCACCUCUCUGGGCCGCUGGCUGCAGACUUAGAUGCUGCUCGUUGGAAGGGACUGACUGACCACGAUGUCCCUGGAGUCGGAUGAGAGCGACGUUGAGCACCUGCCAAAGUUCACUUUUCUAAAACAACAGCCUCCUGCGGUAAAAAGCAGCAGCCGCUGCCAGCCUCCUUCAAAGGAGAGAGUUGUGGUGAUCUGCAGCUCUGACUCUGAGGAAUCCUCUCCUCCUUCCCCGGGGUUGGAAAAGUUCCCUGGUAACCAGGAUUCUGACCGAGUCAGCGCUUGUAAGGAUGCGAUUGCAAGGCUGAGCAGUGAGAGUGAGGAGGAAGAGGAGAUAAUACCCUUGUCUGAAAGGCUAAGGGGGAAAUUGGUGAACAGCAAGUCCUCCAAAAUUAGUAUUUUGCUUUCUGAGGACCAGCAACUGAGUAGCUGUGAUGCAGUGUGUAAAGCUAGGGGUACUGUGCUCCGUCAGAACUAUGAACAAGUGGUUACUGACUGCAGAGAACAGUUGCUGCCAAAGGCUUCUGACACCCAGACAAGAACCCCUGUCUCAUCCUGGGAAAUUUCAGCUAGUGACCAAGAUGAUGCCACAGAGGAUUCCAAGAGGGUACCUUUGCACCAGCCUCCAGUUUGUCUGUCAGUCUCUCCAGCCCAGAGUAGCAGGUCUCUGGUGGCAGAGGCAAGUUCAGAAAUGUCCCCGCCUCAGAAGAAGUCAAAACACAGCCAGGAGGAGAGAGAGAGGGCUCGCCAGGCUGCGUUACAGAGGAGGAGAGAGCGGGAAGUGCAGAAGGGGCAGCGGGAGCAGGACCGAGAGAGGAAAAAGGCACUUGCCAACAUGCUGAAGGCCCAGCGACCAGAAGAGUGCCUGAAGCACAUAACAGUGGUGCUGGAUCCAGUUCUCUUGCAGGUAGAAGGAGGUGGGCAAGUCCUCAGUGCUUUGCAGUCCAUGAACUGUGGCUGUGUGAUUGAGAGUCAGGCUGUUCCCUGUAGCAUCACCUGGAGGAGGAGGAGGGCUGGGUCAUCUCAGGUUGAAGAAGGCAGCUGGAUAGAAGAACCCAAUAUCCUGGUUCUGCUUCGCCUGGAGGAUUUUGUAUCCAUGAUCUACAGCUACAGGCAGGAAGUCCAGGGUGGCACAGAAGGACCGAAAGAGACUUUACGGAGCUUCGUAGCUUGUGUCAUGGAGAGAGCUCCUGGGAAAACUCUAGCACUGGCUGUAGUCGAACUAGAGAAAUAUUUCAGAUCUCACAAAGUUCAGUCCCGGAAGAAGCUGCGGCAGGCAGUGCUGAAUGGAAGCCAAGUAGAAGGACAAGGGAAACGGAAAAAACGGAAGGGAAAGGGGGAUUCUGGCCCAGAGCUGUCCAGGGUGGAAGUGGAAGAAGCAUUGGUGGAUCUGCAGCUUCACACAGGAGUCCAGGUUAGAAUCCUCGAGAGUUGGAAGGAACUUGGAGACUUUGCCAGUAUGUUCACCAAAGCUGUAGCUGAAGCACCAUUCAAGAAAGAGCGAGAGAAGACCGGCUUCUCCUUCUACCUGGAGAGUGAAUGGUGUAGGGGGGUGAAGGUGGACCGCUCAGGGAAGGGACUCUCGCAGGUUUGGAAGAGGCAGAUCCAACAGUUCAACCGGGUCAGUCUGGAGAUGGCCAGCGCCAUUGUGGCUGCAUACCCUUCUCCUCUGCUUCUGGAUCAGGCCUAUCGUAGAUGCCUUUCAGAGCGGGAGCAACAGAACAUGCUCGCUGACAUACCUGUGCGCCGUGGCAAUGGUGUAACGGCCACGUCACGGCGGAUUGGACCAGAACUCUCCAAACGGAUUUACCUGCAGAUGACCUCUCGCCAUCCUGAUCUCUCUCUGGAUGUCACUGGCUAACCCAAGAGAACAUGGAUUUUACUGGUUGCCUGGUUAAACGUAUUCAUUUCCCUUCUAGGAGGAAAAGUGUAUUGGGUCUUGCUUGUAAAGACUUAACAUCUCCUGUUUCUGAAGCCUGCAAUGGAGGAUGCCUGAAAUGCUCUACAGGCGCUGUUUUCAGAAAGCACUGAAAUGUUUUCCUUGGCCAAGGUGCUGUGAGAGUGUCUUUCUGCCUGUGAUAAAUUGCAUUUUCUGUCCUGGGAAUAAAUCUUCUCUACUCUUCCAA